AUGCUGAGUGCUAAAGUUAAAGGAUGUGACAAAAAAAUUGUAAAGAGAACUGUGUAAAGUGGAUUUUGUAUUGCUGGAGAUUGGAUAAUUGAAUUCGAUGAGUAGAAGUAUCAUUCUACAUGCUUGGAAAAUCGAAUGAUCUCAUUCAAAGAGUUUCACAAACAGCUACAAAUAAUGGAAGUGAAUCUCUAAAGAAAGAAACCUAUAGAAAAGAACUUAAAUAUUUUUCUUGAUAUUUUAGGAAACAGUGACAAUGAAUAACAUAGAAAUUUAUAUCAGAUUUUUGUUAGAUACUAGUCGAUACUUUAAUAGUAUUCUUUAAUAUUUAAAUAAAUAAAAUUUCUUAUGCAAAAUCCUGUUUCUGAGCCUAUUAUAACCAAAGACUUAAGCGAUUUAAGAUAGAAUUUUAACAACUAAAUCAAAUUGGUUAUGGAAAAAUAGCUUGCUGGAGUUGAGUUCUUUUUUUACUCAAUUACUAGUAAUAAUUAUUAAUCAGAGGUGUAAGAAAAAACAAAAAUGGGCUACUCGAAUAAACUAAUGAUGCUUUUAGCAAGAAGUGUAGAAAAUUUUGAACAUAUUUAUCUCAAAGAACGCUCUUGUGAGAUAUUUGAUUAAGAGUCUAUGCUUGAUAUUUUCUCUUGUUAAAUAUUAGAGCAAAGUUAAACUAAGUGCUCUCUCACUACUUUAGAUAAUAUCAAAUUAACUUUUGAUGUAAAGAUUUGCAUUUUUUGUCAUGACUCUAAUGAUACAUUUGCUUAAAAAUACAGUUUGUUGAAAGGCUUUUUUAAGGAUUCUGUAAUUUGUGUUUAUUAUCCUAAAGUAGAGCAACACCAUCUAGACUUGCUAUAUAAAGUCAGAAAAGAGUAAAAAAAAAACUCAUUAAACAACUGGGAGAGCUCUUCAUCAAUCCAAGAUGAAGAUAGCUAUAGUUAAAAUGAGAUCAUUUCUAAAUUCUAUUCUAGCGAUAACCAAAAACUGGAAGAAGAAGAUCAAUUAGAAAAAAUGAAGAAAACAAUAUUACAAAAAUAAAGGAGAAAUUUAGGAAAUGGAGUAGGCAAGGAUGGAAGUGAUUAAAUUUGUGAUAAAUUAUCUAACUUUAAUUUAAAAUGA